AUGAAGGUGGUCGUUGCGUUGUUUGGCCUUGUAGCUCUUGCGCUUGCGCAAGAGACCUCGAGCUAUACCGGCCCAAUGUUCGACCCGGACACCGCGCCAUUCUUCGGCCCAAGCACCAUUGUCUUUCCAUCAGUCACCGAGUCCGCUCCCGUACUCUCAAACCUACCCACUCUCACGGCGUCGAGGAGCUCAGGUAUCAUCUCCAUGUCUAGCGCUAUGGCCAACUCGACACUCUCGACUUCAACGCUAUCGCGCAACUCUACAACCUCGCAUUCCUCAACACACUCCUCUACGUCGGUUAGGACUUCGCGCACAGCGACACCUACGGCUGAUGAGACUACAGCGAGUGCAUCGGCCCCAGCUGAGACGGGUGCAGGUGUCGUGAAUUACCCGGAGACAUUCGGAGCUCUUGUGGGAGGCCUUGUAGCUGGAUUAGCGAUGCUGUAG